AUGUUUGGAGGCAAUUUUUGGUAUGCAAGUGAUGUUGUGAGUGUCAUGACUUUAUCCUGCAAAAUUAAAUGGCGGAGUGAUACUUUUAACUGGACGGGUAACGACAAACUUGAUUUCAAUGCUGAACCAAGCGAAAUUCCACUUUCUGAUAUUACAAAAAUGUAUUGUUUGCAUAACCUUGUAAAAGAGCCUACUUGUUUUAAAAGCCAAUGCAACCCAACUUGCAUCGACUUGAUCCUUACUAACAAAUCAUCAAGCUUUGAACACACUAAUGUUGUGGAAACAGGCUUAUCUGACUUCCACAAGAUGACUGUGACUUUUAUGAAAACUAAAUUUAAAAAGGAGAUUAAAAGUGUUACAGAUAAUAAAAAAUUCUGGAACACAGUUAAACCUUGCUUUACUGAGAAAGUCAAAAACAAAGAGCUGAUAACAUUAGUUGAAAAUGGAAAAACUAUCACUGAUGACCUUGAAAUAGCUUCGAUUUUCAAUGAUUAUUUUUGCAACCUUGUUCCCAAUCUUAGAAUCAAGCUAAAUGAAAAUCCACAAAAUUAUAAUAUUUUUAAUGAUAAAUCUAUUGAGACCUCGUUAUCGAAAUUUGCUAAUCAUCCAAGUGUUGUCAAAAUCAAACAGUUUUAUGGCGAGUCUGGUAAAAAGCUUUCUUUUAGACGAGUCAGCCUAUCUGAUGUUACAAAAAAAAUUAAAGAUUUGGAUAAAAAUAAAACUACACAGCAGUCUGACAUUCCAACGCAAAUAAUACAGGAAAAUUCUGACAUUUUUGGAAAUGUUUUGUGCAAUAGCAUAAAUUAUAACAUUGACCAAUCCAAUUUUCCAAAAAGUCUUAAGAACGCAGACGUCAUUCCAGUUUUCAAAAAGGAGGACCGUACGGACAAGUGUAACUACCGCCCGGUCAGUAUACUGCCUAAUAUCUCUAAGAUAUUCGAAAAAUGCUUAUAUGAACAAAUUGAAGCUUUUUUUCAACCUAUUUUUAACAAGCAGCAGUGUGGUUUUCGGAGAGGUUUUAGUACGCAGCAAUGCCCUAUAGCAAUGAUCGAAAAAUGUAAAAAAAGCCUAGAUAAUGAAGGAUCUUACGCAGCGUUAUUGACAGACUUGUCUAAAGCUUUUGACUGUAUAAAUCACGAUUUACUUAUUGCUAAAUUGCACGCUUUUGGGUUUGACAAGGAUGCUUUAAGAUUAAUACAUAGCUAUUUAACUGGCCGGAAACAAAGAGUUAAAAUAAACAACUCAUUUAGUACGUUACUGGACAUCUUAUUUGCUAGCUACGCAGAUGACAACACCCCAUAUACGUAUGGGUCUGAUAAAAAUCAAGUUGUAGAAGACCUUGAAAAAACAGCAAAAAGAAUGUUUAUAUGGUUUGCUGAAAACGGUAUGAAAGCCAAUGAAGCAAAGAGCCAUCUUCUUUCUAGCUUACCACUUGAUACAAAAGCUGUCGUUGGAGACACGUACAUUGAAAACAGUGACCAACAGAAACUGUUAGGGAUAAAAAUUGAUCGGAAAUUAAAAUUUGUUCCGUAG